AUGCCGGCGCUGUGCGGGGACCGCGGCUGCUGCUGGAGCCCCCACGCCGAGAGCGGCCCAUGGUGCUUCUUCCCCCGCGAGCGCGGGUACCGCCUGGACGGACCCCUGCGGCCCUCCCCCCAGGGCUUCCAGGGGACGCUGGAGCGGCUGCCCUCCCCGCAGCUCUUUGGGCAGGAACUCCCCACGGUGCUGCUGAUGGGGGAGUACCAGACCCCCACCCGCUUCCACUUCAAGCUCACUGACCCGAAGUCGCAAAGGUUUGAAGUGCCCCAUCAGCACGUGCGACCUUUCACCGGCACGGCAGCCUCCAACUUAAAAUAUAAAGUUGAUGUCCAAGAAAAUCCCUUUGGCAUCAAGGUGACCAGAGCAAGCAAUGGAAAAGUAUUAUUCAACACCACCAUCGGCCCUCUGAUCUACUCGGAGCAGUUCCUACAGCUCUCCAUCAGACUCCCCAGCAGCAACAUCUACGGGGUGGGCGAGCAAGUGCAUAAGCAAUACCGGCACGACGUCAACUGGAAAACUUGGCCCAUGUUAAGCCGGGACACGGCCCCUUCCGGAAACGUAGAGAACUUAUACGGCGUUCAGACGUUCUUCUUGUGCUUGGAAGACAACACCGGCGCCUCUUUUGGUGUUUUCUUGAUGAACAGCAAUGCCAUGGAGUUCUCCCUGCAGCCGGCGCCGGCUGUCACGUACAGAACGAUCGGUGGAAUUCUCGAUUUUUACGUCUUCUUGGGAGACACCCCCGAGCAAGUGGUGCAGGAGUACGUGAAGCUGGUGGGGCUGCCGGUGCUGCCCUCCUACUGGAGUCUGGGCUUCCACCUCAGCCGCUACGAUUACGGGUCCCUCGAGGAGGUGAAGGCUGUUGUGGAGCGAAACAGAGCCAUCGGACUCCCUUACGACGUUCAACACACGGAUAUCGACUACAUGGAAGGCAGGAAAGAUUUUACGUACGACAAAGUGAAAUUCAGAGACCUCCCCGGUUUUCGGGCUUAUCUGAAUGAUUAUGGGCAAAAAUACGUUAUCAUACUGGAUGCCGCCAUUAGCACCGAGGCUCUGGUGGACGGUUCUCCCUACCCAGCCUACGAGAGGGGACAAAGCAAGAAAAUCUGGGUGAACGAGUCGGACGGAGUGACGCCCUUAGUUGGAGAGGUGUGGCCGGGAAGAACCGUCUUCCCCGACUUCACCAACCCCGACUGCACCAACUGGUGGGUGGAGGAAUGCAAAUUGUUCUACGACCAAGUGCCCUACGACGGGAUCUGGAUUGAUAUGAACGAAGUAGCCAGCUUUACUCCAGGCUCGAUUCACGGCUGUGAGCAGAACGACUUAAACUAUCCUCCUUUCACGCCCCAUAUUGUUGAUAGACUCAUGUAUUCCAAGACGCUCUGUAUGGAUGCAGUGCAGAAGUGGGGGCAACAGUAUGACGUUCACAACCUUUAUGGAUACUCUAUGUCCCUCUCAACACAACGAGCCAUCGAAACUUUGUUUCCCGGAAAACGAAGCUUCCUUCUUUCGCGGUCUACUUUUGCGGGCUCAGGGAAGUACACCGGACACUGGCUGGGAGAUAACACGGCGUCGUGGGAGCAGAUGAGAUGGGCAAUACCGGGAAUGCUGGAAUUUGGCCUCUUUGGAAUCCCUUAUAUCGGGGCAGAUAUUUGUGGCUUCUUCGAAAACACCACGGAAGAACUUUGCAGACGAUGGAUGCAAGUGGGCGCGUUUUACCCGUUUUCCAGGAAUCACAAUACUGAAAAAUGCAUACCCCAGGAUCCAGCUUUCUUCGGAGCUGAUUCAGUUUUGGUGAAAUCCUCAAAGCACUACUUGACCAUCCGCUAUACGUUGCUGCCCUACCUGUACACUCUCUUCUACAGAGCUCACACCCGAGGAGACACGGUGACACGGCCGGUUCUCCACGAGUUUUAUGCUGAUGAAGCAACGUGGAGUGUGGACAAGCAGUUCCUGUGGGGUCCCGGGCUCCUCAUUACCCCCGUGCUUGAGCCAGGGGUGGAAGUCAUCCAAGCGUAUAUCCCUGACGCGGUCUGGUACGAUUACGAUUCGGGCGCGAAAUUCUGGCCGAGAAAACAGUGGGUAUACAUGAACCUUCCCGCAGACAAAAUGGGGCUUCACUUGAGAGGAGGUUACAUCUUCCCAUUCCAGCAGCCGGCCACCACCACAGUGGCGAGGUAAAUCUCCGCGCGGAACAAUCCCAUGGGACUCAUCAUUGCACUGGAUGACAACAACGAGGCAGUUGGGGAGCUGUUCUGGGAUGAUGGAGAAUCCACAGGUACCGUUGAGAAGAAAACCUACAUUUUCUACAACUUUAAAGUCUCCAAUAACGUUCUACAAAUGAACGUCACAGCCAACAACUACACCGACCCGAACAACCUGAUGUUCGAAGAAAUCAAAAUCUUGGGCUUGCUCCAGGAACUGGUGUCCGUUACUGUGUUGCAGAACAACGAAGUCCAGAAUUCUUCUCCUAAUAUCACCUAUAAUCCUGUCAAUAAGGUUGCUCUCAUACAAGGGCUCCAGCUGGAACUGGGAAAAUCGUACUCGUUGAGAUGGACUCUACGAACCAGCACCAAUGAAAAAUACGAUUGUCAUCCCGGUCCGAACGCCUCCAAGGAAAAAUGUGAACAGCUCGGCUGUGUGAGGGCCGAAGAUACCUCCGCUUCGGGUGUUCCGUACUGCUACUACAACAGCACCGACAACGGUUAUUCCGUCACUGAUGUGAAAUACACGUCAUCGGGUGUGACGGCCAACCUCACCCUCGACAAGAACAACCUCGGAGCCUACGAGAAAUCAACGUUACCCAUCAGUACCCUUCGCCUGGAGGUGAUAUAUCACAACAACCAUAUGCUGCAAUUCAAGAUUUAUGAUUACGCAAAUAAAAGAUACGAGGUGCCGGUACCGCUAAAUCUCCCCAAGUCCCCAGAAAGCACAUCCACGGGUCAACUUUACGACGUGAUGGUUCAGAAGAAACCCUUUGGCAUCCAGGUUCGACGCAGAAGCACGGGGACGGUGAUCUGGGAUUCUCAGCUACCGACUUUCACCUUCAGUGACAUGUUCAUUCAGAUUUCCACCCGUUUGCCGUCCCAAUAUUUGUACGGAUUUGGCGAAACGGAGCACAGGACGUUUCGACAUGACAUGAACUGGCACACCUGGGGGAUGUUCAGCAACAUUCUUCGUUGCGUGCUGGGCAGUUGUGUCUCUGAUCAUUUAUUAACCUUCUCGUUUUUAAUGGAUAACUUAUUGUACAAGUUGAAUUCCUAUGGUUUCCAGCCGUUCUACAUGGGUCUUGAAGAGGAUGGCAACGCCCACGGAGUUCUCUUGCUUAACAGCAACGCAAUGGAUGUGACCUUCCAGCCCACACCUGCUCUGACCUAUCGCACAAUUGGGGGAAUUCUGGACUUUUACAUGGUUUUGGGCCCAACACCGGAGCUCGUCGUGCAGGAAUACACCGCGCUGGUCGGGCGACCGGUCAUGCCACCUUACUGGGCACUGGGAUUCCAGUUAUGCCGCUAUGGAUAUGAAAACGACACCGAAAUUGCCAAUUUGGUGGACGACAUGAAAGCAGCCAUGAUACCCCACGAUGUCCAGUAUGCAGAUAUUGAUUACAUGGAACGGCAACUGGACUUCACCCUGAACCCACGCUUCGCUGGAUUACCGGCUCUCAUUGAUAAAAUACGAAGUGAAGGGAUGAGGUUUAUCCCAAUCCUGGAUCCAGCCAUAUCUGGUAAUGAAACCGAUUACCCCGCCUUCACGAGAGGUUUGGAGAAGGACGUCUUCAUAAAAUGGCCCAAUACCAAUGACAUUAUCUACGCAAAGGUCUGGCCGGAUUUUCCCAACGUAGAAGUUAAUGACUCGCUGGAUUGGGACACCCAGGUGGAGCUCUACCGAGCGUAUACAGCUUUUCCAGAUUUCUUCCGCAAUUCCACAACGGAAUGGUGGACGAGAGAAAUCACCGAAGUCUACAACAAUCCACACAACGCAUCGAGAAGCUUGAAGUUUGAUGGUCUAUGGAUCGACAUGAACGAACCUUCAAGCUUUGUUCAUGGCUCCGUCAGCGGCUGUAGAAACCAAGAGCUGAACUUUCCGCCAUACGUACCCCAGUUAGGGUCCAGAUCAGAGGGACUGGCUUUCAAAACGCUGUGCAUGGAAGGUCAACAAUAUCUCCCAGAUGGUUCCCCCGUCAGACACUACGAUGUCCACAACCUUUAUGGAUGGUCACAAACAAAACCUACGCUCGACGCUUUGCGGAAUCUCACAAAGGAGCGAGGAAUCAUCGUCACCCGUUCAACCUACCCCAGCAGUGGGAAAUGGUCAGGACAUUGGCUGGGGGACAACACCGCAGCCUGGAAUCAGCUUGAUAAAUCCAUCAUCGGUAUGAUGGAGUUCAGUCUCUUUGGAAUAUCUUAUACAGGAGCAGAUAUCUGCGGCUUCUUCGGGGACUCGGAGUACGAGCUGUGUGCUCGAUGGAUGGAGCUGGGUGCCUUUUACCCGUAUUCGAGGAAUCACAACGGGAAAGGAUCCAUGAGGCAAGAUCCCGUUGCUUGGAAUUCAACAUUCGAAGACAUUUCCAGGCACGUGCUAAAUAUCAGAUACACCCUCUUGCCCUACCUGUACACGCUGAUGUACGAAGCCAACGCUCACGGCAGCACCGUCGUCCGCCCUCUGCUCCACGAGUUCGUGGAAGACAAAACGACGUGGGAAAUAUACAAACAAUUUCUGUGGGGACCGGCGCUGCUCAUCAGCCCUGUGCUGGAAAAGGGUGCUGUAACAGUGAAUGCUUACCUACCCAACGCCCGCUGGUACGAUUACCACACUGGUAAGUACAUUGGCUUUAGGGGCCAAUUCAGAAAUUUAUCAUCUCCUUUGGAACACAUCAACCUCCAUGUCCGAGGCGGUUACAUCCUUGCUCAGCAAAACCCCGCUACUACGACAUUUCACAGCCGAAAAAAUCCGUUGUCACUUACCGUCGCUUUGAGUGACAGUCAACUUGCAGAAGGUCGGCUUUACUGGGAUGAUGGGGUGAGCAUUGAUGCGUAUGAGGACGGUGCGUACCUGCUGACGUCAUUUACUGCUAACGGGACUGUUUUAGACAUAAAGGUUUUGCACGACGGUUACACCGAUCCAAACCGCUUGAAGUUUACCGACAUUAAAAUCUUGGGGGUGACCUCAAGUGUUCAGAAGGUGACAGUAUCGCAGAACGGAGAAGCAAUCCCAUCUCCUCACGCUGUGUCCUACGACAGCCAAAACCAGGUCCUGGAGAUCACCCGCCUGGAGCUGGAAUUAGGCAAAGACUACACACUGCAGUGGAGCUGA